GCUCGAACGACAGUUGUCAAGUGUAUCCAAGAUACGAGGGUGCUCAUAUCAUUAUCUGGAUCGGUGGAUGUUUCGUAGUUUGUCUUUUGUUUUGAUUGUCCUGUGUUUUUUAAGCAGUAUUUUAUGUUGAGAUUCUUCAAGAACCUAUUCCGGACAACAAUGGAAACGGAGGAGGAAUACGAUAUGCUCGAUCUGCUCGCCUACAACUGCACAAAUCUAAGUGAAAAUCUUGGACUAGCGAAAACGACUGAAGAAACUGACGAAAUCUUGAGAAAAUACCUUGAGAAAGCGGAUACCGAGACAAAGUCAACACCUGAAUUUAAAGAAGAUCUUGACUGGUUCAAUGUCACCGAACCGCUUACAUUCUCAGAGUCGCUAAAAGGAAAGAUAGUGGUUCUUGAUUUUUUCACAUACUGUUGCAUAAAUUGCAUGCACAUAUUGCCUGAUUUGAAGAAACUAGAAAAAGAGUACACAGUCGAAGAUGGUCUAGUGGUAGUUGGUGUCCACAGUGCUAAAUUUGACAACGAGAAAGACUCAGCGAACAUUCUCUCGGCUGUACAACGCUACGACAUAACACAUCCAGUCGUGAACGAUUCAACGUCAUCCAUGUGGAUUGAUUUGAAAAUUAAAUGUUGGCCCACCCUCCUUAUAUUAGGCCCUAACGCCAAUCCAAUUUUUGUAAUAAUGGGGGAAGGACAUUAUGAUUUACUAGAAAAGUAUGUUGGAGCUGCACUGAAAUUUUAUAGGGGACAAGGGAAAUUACAUAACAACUCUUUACCACUCAAUCCAUCAACAGAGCUUUUGAUGUCGCCUAAUUUGAAGUUUCCUGGUAAAAUUACUUGUUCCAAGUGGUCUCUAGAUAGCGACUGUGCAGAAUUAUACGCUAUUUCGGAUUCUGGUAAUCAUAGAAUACUCAUCAUAAACCCCUCAGGAGAUGUUCUGCAAAAGAUUGGAGGAAAAGAGAGUGGUUUUGUCGAUGGUGACUUCAAAACUGCUCGAUUCAAUUCACCUCAGGGGAUAACAUUCCUUAAUGUCCAUACCUUAUUUGUAGCUGAUACAGAAAACCAUGCCAUAAGAAAAGUCGACUUGAAGAAUCACAUAGUCGAAACUGUAGCGGGAACUGGAGUACAAGGAAACGACCGCGUUGGUGGUAAGAUUGGCAGAGCACAAGCCAUCUCUUCACCAUGGGAUGUUGUUUGCCAUAAGACUCGUGACAUGGAUAUGUCUUUCCACAUGGACGAAAGCACUGUUCCUGAAAAGGAUAUCCUUUUGAUCGCAGCUGCAGGAACUCAUCAAAUUUGGGCCUUAUUCUUAGAUGAUGUGAUAUUUUGGAAAUAUAAACAAUAUCCAACAAUGUCCUGCGCCGCGAUAGUUGGCACAGGGCACGAGGAGAAUCGAAAUAAUUCAUAUCCAAACAAUGCAUCAUUCGCUCAACCAUCAGGGCUGGCACUAUCACGGGAGACAAAGGAACUGUACAUUGCAGAUAGCGAAAGUUCUUGUGUGCGGAAAAUCUCAUUGUCGGAUGGAAAAGUCAUGCCAGUUGUUGGCGGCGAUAGGAACCCACUGAAUCUAUUCGCAUUUGGCGACGUGGAUGGUAAACAAUAUGCAGCAAAACUACAACAUCCGUUGGGCGUAGCAUUCAACCCUUACGAUGGCCAUGUGUACGUUGCAGAUACCUACAAUCACAAAAUUAAACAAAUCAACGUUUCACAGAAUACAGCGACAACAUGUAGGAUAAUAGACAUGACAGGUGCCGAGUAUCAGUUCAAUGAACCAGGUGGUUUGUGCCUUAGUCCUAACGGCGAGCAGCUAUACGUAGCUGAUACCAAUAAUCACACAAUCGAAGUUAUCAACUUGAGUACCAUGACUACGAAGCAACUUAAACUGAACUUCAACGUUAAAGCCGAUAUUGAUCGCGCUGAUUACGUUCUCGCAUUAACAACGCUUAAAAUCAAGCCGAACGGGGGAAAGAUCAAGCUAUCGAUUACACUCAAUUGCGUUGACGGUGCAAAACUUACUGAAGGAGCUCCACAAUCUUGGAAUGUAUACCUGCCAAGCGAGUUGUACUUUGUUGAUCGACAGAACGGCACAUUAAAGGCAGACGGCAAAAUUGAUAUUGAUAUCACAGCUCCGGUUUCUCAGGUGGAUUCACAAGAUAUUGUUACCAUUUAUUGUAAAUUGAAUUUGUGCAAAAACAAUCUGUGUUUUUCUAAAUUAAUCUCACUCAGGAUUCCAGUUAGUUUUCACAAUGAUGGUCUUGAUUGCAUAAUUGAAGAUAUUAAUGUUUAUGUGUCUGAUUCGGGUAUCCGAGUUUAACAAAAUCAUUUAGCAGCACUUGGCUGCUCUCUGACAGUGCGAAGUUGAGAGUUGUGAAAACACAAACAUAUGCGGCGAUGCCUUAUUUUUGAAGUAUUUGUGAAACGUUUUCUGCUUAAUUUUUAACGAGGGAUUCACCAGCUUGUUAUUGUAGACGACAAAGUCUAUGUUUACUUUUUGUUAGCUGCAUUUAAGAGUUGAAUAUUUUUCUUUUAAAGAUGUUUUUAUGCAAUAAAAGGAUAUUUGAUAUCAGCAGAA